AUGGGUAAGAGAAGCUUUUAUGAAGACGACAGCGACGUGAUUUCCAUUCCAGGGCUUGCUACUGCUAUUCCUGAAGACUUGAAGGCAAAGGAAGGAGCCCAUGGUGAAGUGUCAUUUGUUGAUGGGAUGACAGUGAGAACAUCACCUUACUUGGAGAAAUACGCCAAUGAAGUUCGUUACUACGUACAUGAUAAAUAUACCAUCAUUGCUGCUGAAUUGGCUACUCAAAGACUGGCAUUAAGACAAGAAUGGAAUUCUGUCACUUCAUUUUUGAACAAUGAUCUUAUCAAAGAUCCCUUGUUACCAAAUUCCAUUUACAUUCUUACCAUUACCUUAUUGGGCUCAAUUGCUGCUCGUAACAGAGGUCUCCCACUUCGUUUCUUAACGCCGGCCGUCUUCGGAACUGGUGCGGUGGCUUAUUAUGCUCCCAAUACUUUUAAUGCUACUAAAAGUCAUUUGUGUCAAUUGGAAAGAGAAAACCUUCCUGAAUUGUACCAGCAACAACAACAAUUGAAAUCGCAAUGGGAUGCAUUAAAAGACAAAGGUGAUAGACUGAGUGCUCAGUUGGAAGCGGAACUUCAAAACAGUGUACACCAAACCAGAGCUUUUAUUAAAGAUUUAUUCAAGUAA